GGUGGCGGGCGGCGGGACGUGGCGAGGUACGGCGAGGCCAGGCGAUUGGCAGCGAGGCCAGGCGAGGCGAGGUGAAGCCAGGCGCUGCAGUGCAGGAUGGGACCGGAGUGAAGCCGACAGAGUUUCAGCUCCAGAAGACGCAAUGAGGAGGACCGACUGUCACAGCGCCGCCGCCUCCUCUUCCUCCUCCUCCUCCCCCUGAAGACUCCAGACGACACUGUGGCGCGACCUUUGACCCUGGGAAGCAUGAGGAAGAACCACAGCGCCAUCCCGCUCAUCUAUGUGACAGAGGCGGAGCGCAGCGGCUGCGAUGUCAACAUCCUCACCAUCCCCGUGCCGAUGCGCCGCGGCGGCUCCGAGUCCAACCUGGACGUGGUGGACAGCGUGGGACACGACGGCGUGGGCCUGGACUUCACCAAGGGGGCGCUGGGCAUCGACAGCCUGCAGCAGAAGAUCCUCAAGGUGACGGAGCAGAUCAAGGUGGAGCAGACGGCCCGGGACCAGAACGUGGCGGAGUACCUGAAGCUGGUGAACAACGCCGACAAGCAGCAGGUGUCCCGGAUCCGCCAGGUGUUCGAGAAGAAGAACCAGAAGUCGGCGCACAGCAUCGCCCGGCUGCAGAGGAAGCUGGAGCAGUACCACCGCCGCAUGAAGGACGGCGAGACCAACGGCAAGCACGGCCACAAGGACGGCGGCGGCGGCGCCGGCAAGGAGUCCGGGACCCACAGCAAGGAGGGCAGCCUGCGGGACGUCAGCGCCACGGGCCGACACCCGGCGCUGGACAAGGUGAAGACCAUCGGGCCCGGCGUGUCGCUGUCGCCGCCGUUCUUCUUCAACAAGUCGCGGGAGUUCGCCAACCUCAUCAGGAACAAGUUCGGGAGCGCCGACAACAUCGCCCACCUGAAGAGCUCCAUGGAGGCGGGCUCGGGGCUGCAGGUGGAGGGCGGCGCCCGGGGCCUGAGCGGCAGCGCCACCACCGUCGCCAAGCCCACCAAGUACCAGAGCGACGACGAGUGCUCCACGGGCACGUCCGCCUCCGCUGACUCCAACGGGAACCCGGCCGGCGGCUCGGGCGCCGGCUCGGGCGGCGCCGGACGGUCCGAGUCCAACGGGCGGCUGGCGGAGAUCCUGGACAUGGUCCGGGAGAUCCGGGAGGCGCAGACGCAGCUGGCCGACGACAUGGAGACCAUGAACACGCAGUUCAAACGAGACUACAGCUACUUCACACAGGUCAUGCAGGAGGAGAGGUACAGGUAUGAGCGUCUGGAGGAUCAGUUGAACGACCUGACGGAGCUGCACCAGCACGAGACCAGCAACCUGAAGCAGGAGCUGGCCAGCAUCGAGGAGAAGGUGGCCUACCAGGCCUACGAGAGGGCCCGGGACAUCCAGGAGGUGCUGGAGUCGUGUCAGACCCGGGUCUCCAAGCUGGAGCUGGUGCAGCAGCAGCAGCAGCAGACGGUGCAGCUGGAAAACACCGACGCCAAAGUGCUGCUGGGCAAGUGCAUCAACAUCAUGCUGGCCAUCGUCACCGUCAUCCUGGUGUGCGUUUCCACGGCCGCCAAGUUCACGGCGCCGCUGCUGCGCAGCCGCCUGCACCUGGCGCUCACCUGCGUGGGCGUGUCGGUUCUGGCGCUGCUGUGGAAGAACUGGGAGCACCUGCAGUGCGCGCUGGAGCGGCUGCUCCUCCCACACUGACCCGGACUCCAACCGCCUUUCACUCCCUGGUCUCCUGAGGCGCGUCGCAGACCGGAGGGUUCCUGUAGCCUUACCGCCGCCCGCAGAGCCUCUCUGACGACUGUAAUUGGCGGCUGUGAGCUUUGCAUGUCCACAGAAAUCCAAACAGAAACUGAAGUCAGCGCAGAGCUGCCGAGACCCGGAGCCACCCGGAGCCCCUGACCUCACUGCUGCGACAACUCGGGACGAGUUUGGAAAACCAAGUAGAGAGAAAACUGGCAGGCUUUUUGGUUAUAUGUUGCAAGAAAGUCAUAUAAACUCAUCUAGAUAUUCCUGCGGUUCGUAUGACCAGUAAAUUUCCGACAGUCUGAUCGCGGUGCGACUGCUGUGAGUUGUUGGCCGUACAGAUGUGACUGCCGGAUUCUCCAUCCAGGAAUCUUUCUGUCAUCAGACAAACCGCAGAAAAUGUUUCAAGAUGUAAACUUGAUCCUUGAAUUCUGCCGCAGCCCAGUGAGCGAGGGGCUUCCCUAAAGGACAGGGUCAGACGAUGAAGUGCUGGAGCCACACCGUGGAAACAGUCACCGUCCUCAAAGGGAACCUGCUGGAGCGCCUCCUCUCAGCCGGCUCUGAAUCCUCUCACAGUUCUGCCUCCUCGUGCACCAGCCAGCUGUGACAGACUCACGCCUGCAGGGUCGACCUGUCGCUCGCGUGCCGUCUUUUCAUUUCCCAGCUUCUUUUUAAUCCGUGUCUGAAUGUGGGACUCUGUGUUUGCCUGCUUUACUGUGAUUUAUGGGGGAACAGUUUGGCCUUUUGGGGAAUACGGUUUGAUGUCUUUCUUACGGUUAGGGUUAGGGUUGUGGUUGCUGAGGGCUGAAUGUGAGAACUGUUACUCACGCUACCCUCAGUCAAAGCUCUGCAUGACUUUCGCGCCGUGAUCCUUCAAUACGCUUGAGUCGCACGAUGUUUGCAUGAGACACACCCCGAUACAUGAUGAGGAUGCAGUAAAGAUUGGCAUGACUCUUGUGGAACACUUGCUGCAGCAUCAUCUUGAGAUUUGUCUGAUUCUCAUUGGAUCCUCGCUCCACAGUGACAAGACUCUCUCGAGACUCACUCCAGAUUCCUGCACAGUGCUCCUUUGAGACUUGAGAUUUUUGUGCCACACUCGCUUGGUUCUUCCACCAGAUCUAUUCCACCUUCACCCAAGAUGUUUCUUGCCUGAGAUUCAAAGAAUUUGCGCUUAAUAUCUGUUGGAAAGUCACUCAGGACUUUCUCAGUUCUCACUCCAGUUUGGCUGAUUUUUGGUACAAUACUCAUUUAACAUGUGCCUGAAAUUCACACAACACUCCCUCAAGAUUCGUAGGACUCUCUUCUUGAUAUUCACAUCAACCUGACCAUUCUUCUGAGAUGCUUGGCGUGGAUUCAUGCGAGUCUCACAUGGUUCUCACUGGAGUCAUGCAUUCUUGCAUCAACACUCGUUCCUUAUUCCCUGAGUUCUGACGUGAUUCUCUGAAGACUCAGCCAUUAGUCUCUCUCGGAAACGUUUUCCUGGAUCCAGAAGAACUCUGUUGUGAUGCUUUCCUGCGUGACACAAAAGGACUGAAAGCAAUUAUUUCCCAAAAUGUCAAAGUGUUUCCUCCGAAGAAAAGCUUCUGAACUGCCUCCUGUUGUGGUGAUUCGAUGAUUUUUGAGGGUUUCUGUCGUGUACACUUUAUGAAAAACAGGACUUCGAUGUGUUUCUGCAGCUUUAUUAACAGCUCCCUGCAGACAGUGUGACGAAGAGAAUCCCCUGUUCAAACUGACUUUAGAGGGGAACCCUUCCUCCCACGUUCUGGAAAAAUCUCCUGAUUUCAUUGCAUUGCCUUUUUUUUCGUUCUUUUUUUUUGCAGUUAUGUUUCAAGAACAAACGGAUGUCUCUGUAGAAGCCUGCAUGCUGUGUUCAAGUCCAGUGGGAAAAAGCAUUCUAAAUUGAGCAGCCUGUUGAGAGAGACAGCGAGUGGCCUCUUCUGCACUUUUAAUGUCAUUCCUCUCAGCCGUGUCUCGCUUCUGACUUUAGUGAGAUGGAUGGAGCGCUGGAAUCCCGUCCCGACUGACGAAAUGGAACAACCCGGAGGUUGUUUGGCGGUGCUACUUGAAAACACACUGCCUGCAUUGCACUAAAAUGUAAAGAAAACAAGCAUUUAAAUGCCCUGAACAUGAGCAGAAGGGUUCAAACCUGUGUGUUUUUUCCCACGUGGCCUGAAUGCAGCACUUCAGCCUGAACAGAGAGGACUGAACAAAUGUAGCUCCUGAACCCUGUAUCACUGUGAGGAGGAGGAAGAGGGGCUGAAGAGGGACUGAUGCCUUUUCAAUGCAGCUUUUAUCGUCUGUCUCUUUGUAUCAAAAGAAAAAAAGCCAAAUACAGAGAUUUUUUUAGCUUGUUUUAUCUUGAGUUUCUCACCAGUCGAUGUUUCUUCCACCGUUUCUGUCCGAUAUUGUUCUUGUCUCAGAUCCUGUCUCCUCAAUGUGCGUUCGUUUAUUGGGUUUCUGGGUUUUUGAAUCUGAGAAUAAAUCUUUGUUUUUUUCUAAGAUGCUUUAUUCUCCAGUGUCUCCUUCACAGAACGUUACUGAUCCGAUCACGUGUCGGGGUCGGCUCUGCAGGAUCAGAAGGAAUUCAUACAUCAAACACACUCAGAUUGGUCGUGAUUGACAG